AUGGGACCCCAGUUCAACACCUUCGCUUCGCCUCAAACCGUGAUUGAGGACUCCGUCAAAGGGGAAACGGAUUAUCUGAACAGAAACGAAACGCUAGAAAACUAUCUGAGUUUGUACGAUGAACCCAUGAAGGGGGGACUCAACAGCGGAAAGACAGACAUGGGACUGAAGGAUGAUCCAGGUUGUAUGCACUCAAUUAUAUUUAACGACAUGGAGAUGGGAGACGAGAACUACAGUGUGCUCGACAAUGUCGAUGGGAGCUCUUUACGAAGUUUUCCUAACACUGGAGAUGGCAGUCUGAGCGACACGGGUGCCAGCGAGACACCCUUCCAGGAGCGCAGCGGCGAAGACGCGAAGUGCACACCAGAAAUGGAACUUGUCCUGGAAGACAACUUCGAAGCCCGACACAGUGACAACCUUUUCGAGGUGCACAAUUUUAAGGAGAGGCAGAGUGGGUACCUGACCGAGACUCCAACUUCAAUUGGAUAUUUAGAAAGAGAAAAGGAGGAGUCUCCCCAAGGGGUCGAGGUUAAGUCAGUUGGUGAUGCUCUGAAGCUCAGUCACGGUGGUGAUCCACUCAAGGUCAGUCACGGUGGUGAUCCACUCAAGGUCAGUCACGGUCCAUCCGCUUCCCCCCCCCUCUUAGCCCCUUUGCAGAGCGAAAUGCCCUACAACGAGUGCGCCCUGACGAACGGCUUCUUCGAUACGAUUGAAAAUAUAAACACCAAGGUUGUGGAGAAAUACAAAAACUUAAAAGGUGUGUCAGAGAGUUUAAUCGGGAUUGUUCAGAAUUCUGACUUCGAGGAGAGGAUAAACGAGAUGCUCCGAUUCAGCGACAGAAACUCAGCGCUUAUUGAGGAGUUCCGCAAGAAGAGCGAGGAGUGCAUUCGCCGGUGCCGCAAGUUUGAGACGUCGUCUGAACAGCUCGUCGGAGAAUGCAUUGACACGCUGGCAAACUGCAGCAUCUGUUACGCAGAGUGGGUAUGCCUGCACGCGCGCAAGGUGGACCCGCUGGAGGUCGUGCUCUCCGACAUCCAGGAAUUCGUCCGCGCGAAUGAAUGA